GAGAGAUACAGCAGGGGAAACAUCAAUAUCCAAAGCUGCUGCUCCUCAUCAAAAAGAGAAGAGCACAUCACUGGAGACACCAUGCGUGAGUGCAUUUCUGUUCACGUUGGCCAGGCUGGAGUUCAGAUCGGCAAUGCAUGCUGGGAACUUUUCUGUCUGGAACAUGGUAUUCAACCAGAUGGUACCUUCAAUGAUCAGCCCUACAAUGAUGACUCCUUUGCCACGUUUUUCAGAGAAACAGGCACAGGAAAACAUGUGCCACGGGCAAUUAUGGUGGAUUUGGAGCAAACUGUUGUAGAUGAGGUGAGGACUGGCACUUACCGACAGCUUUUUCACCCAGAGCAGUUGAUCACUGGAAAAGAGGAUGCAGCUAAUAACUAUGCCCGUGGCCACUAUACUAUUGGCAAAGACAGAAUCGACAUGGCAUUGGAUCGUAUCCGUAAACUGGCUGAUGCCUGCUCUGGGCUGCAGGGAUUCCUGAUUUUCCACAGCUUUGGUGGGGGCACAGGAUCUGGAUUUACUUCCUUGCUGAUGGAACGGCUCUCCCUGGACUACGGCAAGAAAUCCAAACUGGAGUUUGCCAUCUAUCCUGCCCCUCAAGUCUCUACCGCUGUAGUGGAGCCCUACAACUCCAUCCUGACCACCCACACCACCCUGGAGCACUCAGAUUGUGCCUUCAUGGUGGACAAUGAGGCCAUCUAUGACAUCUGCCGCCGUAACCUGGACAUUGAACGUCCCACUUACACCAACCUUAACCGCCUCAUCAGCCAGAUAGUCUCCUCAAUUACGGCCUCUCUGCGCUUUGAUGGGGCCCUCAAUGUGGAUCUGACAGAAUUUCAGACCAACCUGGUGCCCUACCCACGCAUCCACUUCCCCUUGGUGACCUAUGCACCCAUCCUGUCCUCUGAGAGGGCCUACCAUGAGCAGCUGUCUGUAGCAGAAAUCACCAGUUCCUGCUUUGAGCCCAACAACCAGAUGGUGAAGUGUGACCCACGGCAUGGGAAGUACAUGGCCUGCUGCAUGCUGUAUCGGGGUGAUGUUGUGCCCAAAGAUGUCAAUGUAGCUAUUGCUGCCAUCAAGACCAAGAGAACCAUCCAGUUUGUGGACUGGUGUCCCACAGGCUUCAAGGUUGGCAUAAAUUACCAGCCUCCCACAAUAACUCCUGGAGGAGACCUGGCGCAGGUGCAGCGUGCUGUCUGCAUGCUAAGCAACACCACAGCCAUUGCUGAGGCCUGGGCAAGACUGGACCACAAGUUUGAUCUGAUGUAUGCCAAGAGAGCAUUUGUGCACUGGUACGUCGGAGAAGGCAUGGAAGAAGGGGAGUUUGCAGAGGCCCGAGAAGACUUGUCCGCCUUGGAGAAGGACUACGAGGAAGUGGGAACUGACUCAUUUGUGGAAGAAAAUGAUGAGGAGGAAUUUUAAAAUACACUUUGCUCCCUUGGUGUGCAUAAGAUUGUCUCUGUAUCUCUUUAUGGCACACAUCUAGGUUCUUCCUUGUACUAACAUAGCAGUUUCUAUGGUCUGUGAGCAUCUAAAGGUCCAAGUUCCAAAAAUACUCUGUCUGACUCAGUGAAUCAAAAGACAACGGUCAUGAUCACACCAACUCAUGAUUCCAAGAAGCACCAGUCCUUUCCAAUACAUCCUAAGAUAAAGGGAUUUUUCUGGAGUUCCAGUAGAAUACAGUGGGCCCCAGAAAUAUCCUGAUCUGAGGAAUUUGAAUGUAUCAUAUUUGCUUUAAUAUACAAUAUAUAAUUGUGCCAGUGAGGCUUAAACAGUUACAGGGUUACUACUGCAGCAAGAAAUAUUACUGAAUAGCAAUAGCAUUGUUUGUCCUUAAUUUAAAAUUAGUUAGACAAUACAAAAAUUUAAAAUAUUAUGUUAGUAAAAUCUUCCCUGCUUAAAAAAGUAUGUGGACAUUCAAGACUAUCAAAUACCUGCUCUGCCAAAGACCUGCUGAAGGAUACCCUGUUGUUGCUUUCUGACGGUACUGUAAUUGCUUGGGAUAGCACUUCAGUAAAAAUAAAGAGCACAAAAUUAAUGGAUGCA